AGUGUACACUUUUCUUCUUCAGUAAUUAGCUCGGCUUCCAGCAAAGCCAUGCUUCAGCAUCUUCGAGAAGAACCCAUCACGACUGCAUCACAUCUGUAGUAAAAUUACAUUUUGUUUUCAGCUCCCAGUCAGAGAUGGGCGAGAUCAGUGAAGCGUCCUUACUGGAUUACAUCUGGUCCUCUGGAGGAAAAGUCAAAAAUUCAGAUCUGUCCAAAACAUAUAAGCAUUUCAUAAACCAUAGCGAUUUGCAACUACGUGCCAAAUACCGAGAAGAGUUCAAACUCAUCAUUGAUCGAAUUGCGGUGGUGAAAUCGGAGAAUGGAGAGAAAUAUCUUGUCCUCAAGAAGAAGUAUAGACAGCAAAUGCAGGAGCAAGAGCCUGGCACUGGAAAGGGAGGAAAACCAAUUAAGCAGGUUCUUCCGAACCCACAAAAUGAGCUCCAGGUCUCCAAUCCAGUGCAGGACUGUAAUCCAACAACACAGACACCAGCAAUGGUGGCCUGGUGCUCAGGACCCAUGAUUACAGUCACGGAAGCACCAGAAACAGCUGAGACAGAUAAUCAGGCAGACAGCACCCUCUCACCGCCAGCAGAAGAGGAGAAACCAGAGGAGCUUUCAGCCUCAGACAAAGAAGAUGAACUCGACAAAGAUUCAGGGUCAAAGAGUGAAUCCGAGCAGGAUGAGGAGUCUGGAGGCAGUUUGGGAUCCACCGCUGUGGCUCUGGAUCCUCUUGAGAAAGAGUGGAUCUUCUCGGCAGCAAGUGGCAAACUGUCUCACCUCACUCAUCUCCUGAAACAAGACUCUUCUCUUGCCAAUAAAAAGGACUUCACCUCAUUUACCGCGCUUCACUGGGCUGCGAAACACGGUAAAGAAGACAUGACCACAAUGUUGGCAGAAGCAGGGGCUGACAUCAAUACAAAAGCAGGAUACACACCUUUACACAUUGCAGCACUGCACGGGCAUCGACAUAUAUUUGACCUGCUGGUCAGGACAUACGGAGCGAAGGAGAAUCUGCGGGACUACAGCGGCCGCUUAGCAAAUCAUUACCUCAAUUUACGGGACACACAGUUUGAAGACCAUGAACUAUCUGAAGUCAGCGAGUGCCACAGUCUAACCCAGGCCGGCGAGCGCAGGAACAGGAAGAUCACCUCAUUAUUUCACUCCAAGAAAAAGUGGGGUUCAGCGGAGGAGCUGGCGCCUGUGCCGGAGGAGAGGACAGUUGCUCAUCAGCUCAUGCUGCCUGCGUUUAGACCCAGAAAGUUCUCACGGUAGACUUCGUGAAGUCAGAACAUCUUCAGUCUUGCUUUAGUGCCACUUGAAUAGUUUACAGAUGUAAACGCACUUUGCUGCUUUUUUCGCACAAAUAGUAUGAUGCAGUUGUAUUUACAUUAAGCAGCUUUGUAGCUUAAUAAGUAGUAUUUCUAGUAUUACGCCAACAUCAGUGUGUGAUAUUCUGUAAGUGUAAUGUCUUAUUUUCUCUGCUAAAGGUUUACAGUUGUCAUUAAGUGCAUUUUAACAUACUUGUACAUCAUAUGAUCCCAACGUUUUACAAGAAUGAAGAACUCAGUUUCACUAAACAUGUCAAUGCUAAAGUUCGGUCUUAAAUAGACAGAACAGACUUUUAUUUGCCUUAUCUUCACCCUACAAAACUUAAGUCAGAAUCACAGUUUGUGGUUCUGUGAGAAUGUUUUUCAUUCUCAUAGAAUGAAAAAUCGAAAAUUACCAAAUUUCCAAAUUUGCCAGUUUUAUAUUUUAUAUGCUAUUUUAUAUAAGUGUGAUUUUUAGUAACUAUAGAUAGUAUAUUAUAUAUAAUUUUUAAUAGAUAAUAUAUUAAAUAUAAACAUACAAGUAUUUAUGCAAACUUUUUGCAAAGAUCAGUGAAAUCAAUUGAUCAUGAUUAAUCACAUCCAAAAUAAGUCUGUGUUUGUGUAAUAU